CCUCUAGUCAGAGCCAUUGAAUCUCUGGGGCAUUUUCCGAUAUGCCGGCUGCGUAGUUAGACUUUGAGUUGGGUAACUCUGAAGCUGUCCAUGAGAGUUUGAAUACUAGUAGCUCCUUUGCCCAAGUGCCCUAAGGGCCAUCCAUCGAGAUAUAACUAUGACUUCUAGUGGUCAUAUUGCAAUGUCUCAUGAUGGGCUUCAGGCAACGGAACGCAAGGACUCGAACACCUCCUCACAGAAUCUUUUCGAACAACAAAAGCAAGUGAACCCUCCACACAACGGGAGCAGAGUCGAUCCACCUACACAUGUUCACGAAUGGCUUUGGGGCUGUUGCAACUGUGGGAAAUCUGGCGGAUUAACCAGCUUUAUACUGUUCUGCCCCGAGUGUCAACAUGAUUUAUGCACGGAAUGCCCUUGGGAGCCUGCCCAGAUCGACUUAAAAGAAACCUUAUUCAACGACCAUGAGCUGGCACUACACAAUACAAUGACCCUGUCUCAUCCAAUACUUACAGCACCUCCUGACUCACAUUCGUUUCCAGAGCAAUCUUCUAAUGUCCGCGACAAUAAUCAAGUACAGCAACAGAAUCUUAAGCUCGAAUCAAGACGCAAGAGAGGUCGACGACAACUAUCAACAUCGAAGUCGAGAGUCGAUUCAGGAAGAACCUUCGCGUGCCACUUCUCCAAAAGAUGUCCGCAACACUAUAAUCCGUGGACGGGUGGGGACAAAUAUCUCAAAUGUCUGUAUCCUAAUCCUUGCGAUCUUCGACACAUUCUAGACCAUCUGAGGCAUCACACUCUGCCUUACUACAGGUGUCAGCAAUGUUUUGCGAAAUUUCAAGAGGAGAGCGAUCUCCUUCAACACAAGAAAUCAUCUCAACCCUGCACUCCAAUGUGGCCACCACCAAGCGAUGGGAUCGAUAAACACCAGUGGAUUCGGAUUGGCGACUCAAUCAGUACCGUCAAGAAUCCCGGGAGAAGCAAAGAAGAAAGAUGGUUUGACAUCUGGGAGAUAAUAUUUCCUGGUGUCCAGCAACCGCAAAGUCCUUUAUAAUGCAGAGUUCAACUACGAGACUGGGCUGCUCGAUCGCGAUGAAAGGAUUCACGGCGUAUGGAUGGGUAUAAUCAAACAUUCUCUUAAUCCUGGUUUAGAGGCAUACCGGGACAUCAAGACGGAGCCUCCGGCCUUUGCCCAAGAGAACAAAGCAAUAUCACAAGGCAGAGCUGGCUGCGAGGAUACGGAAUGCUUCUCGGAGAAACUCAAGAAGAUGGAUCAUCAACGACCGGCUCCUUGUGUCCGCCUUGAACCAGCACCAAUGAUUGAUACAGCCUUCGUUCAACCUGUUAUUUCAAGUUCACAACAGAAAGUCAAGCAUGCACUGGGGAACAGCGAUCAGACUCAGGAGCCAGUUCCACCAGCACAAUCACCUCUGCGAAUGAUACCCAGGCCACGAAUCCUCAGAGAA